AUGCGUCGCGGACGCGAGGAAGAAAUCGCAAGAGAACAGAAUGCGGAAGGACCUGGGUGGUCCGAUCCCGGUCCGAUCAUGGUCCGCUCCGAGUUCGCAGUGGAAGGGUUACUGGGUCUGCAGACUUCCGCGAGGGGAUGCGGGGGAGGGGGAGGAGGUGUACGUGUCUUCUGCACGUUUACGGGGGAUUCGGGCGUGAGGAAAACAUCACGCACGAUGACGGGAGAGAGCGAAGAGGACGCGACCGGCGGUCGAAUGGCAUUUCGGUGUCUCUCCCGUGCGGCUUCCCUCGUCGCCAUGGCUCUCAACGGGAAUGUGCAGUUCGUCGACAAGAAUCCGGCCAAAUUUCGCAUCGCCGUCGUGGGGGGUGGGCUGGUUGGCGCGCUGAAUGCCUGCAUUUUUGCGAAAAGAGGACAUCAUGUCGAUCUUUACGAACUCAGAGAA